AGUAAAUAGAACCCCGGAGCGCGAGCGGAGUGUCGGCGCUGACGUCACGGCCCUACAGUGAGAGCUCGAGCUGAAUUGUAAGCGCGAGCUUCAGACGGAGGCGCGCGAGGAACCGGACACAACGACGAUGAGCUGCAGUCGGUAUCACUCCGCUGCUUUCUGACGGGAAAUAAACCGCGUUUCUCUCCGACCGUCGGUGGGUUUUCUUCCUCCAGCGGCGCGAACACACCGACCGACAUUUUGGGGAGUGUUUCUUCCACCAUGUCCUCCGCGGCGGCCUCCAGAAGGCAGUCCUGCUAUCUGUGCGACCUGCCGCGCAUGCCGUGGGCGAUGAUCUGGGAUUUUACCGAGCCCGUGUGCCGCGGAUGUGUCAACUACGAGGGCGCCGACCGGAUCGAGUUCGUUAUAGACACCGCCCGGCAGCUGAAGAGGGCGCACGGCUUCCAGGAUGGCCGCUCUCCGGGCCCGGGGAAGCCCCAGCAGCACCCCGGGAAGGAGCUCAACCACUCGGCUGGAGACUCCCGUCCGCCGCAGCCGUUGGACCGCUACCCGCUGUCCGACCGCCCGCCGCGGCUCGGACCGGAGUACCAAGCGGGGCGGCAGGCGAACGGCCUCCCGAUGCCGAACGGAUUCCCAAAACCGGACGAGCCUCCGGAGCUCAACCGUCAGAGCCCGAACCCGCGCAGGACCAGCGCGGUUCCGCCCAGCCUGGUGCCGCUGGUGAACGGCGGCAUCCCCAUCGGGCACCCGCUCAACGGCCGCCCGGCGCAGAUGGGGCUGCCCGGGGUGCUCAGCGUGUCGGGCCCCGGGGAGCACGGUAAGCGACCGGAGGAGCUGAAAGACAAACACAGGCCGGACAGCCUGUCGGAGCUACCGGACAGCCACAAGGACUGGAUCGGUAAAGGGAAGACGGUGCGGGAUCUGGUGGCGCUGCACACCUUCGACGGCAGGUACAAGAAGGAGCACGCGGCCAUGCAGAGGGUGAUGGGAUACGAUAGUGCCACUUCCUCAAAGACAGACAGGGGGAAGCACCCCCGCAGCAUGAAGAGGAAGGCGUCCCCGGAGCCGGACGGCGAGGGCAGCGCCCCCAAGAUGAACGGCGGCGAGGGCCAGCCGUGGCUCCCCUCGCCCUCCGAGGUCCUGAAGAUGCCCCCGGCCUCCUUGCCCGGCUUCUCCUCCGCCCCCCCGUCCACCAUCUCCCCCCACUCCCGCACCACGCCCCCCGAGGCCGCUACGGCGCAGAACGGCCAGUCCCCGAUGGCGGCUCUCAUCCUCGCCACCGACAACGCCGGCAGCACGGGCUCACCUAAGGACAGCAACCAGGUACACUCCACCACGGCGGGCGUGCGGCGGAACAGCGGCAGCCCCCUGUCGCCGUCCUCGGCCUCCCAGAGGAGGUUGACCCAGAGGGAGGGGCCAGUGAGCGCCAACCCUUCCGCUCUACACGCGCCCGGCGGCAUGGACCCCCACGCGCCGCCGCCACAGAGCAUUCCAGACUCUUCGGUGCCGCCCGGCAGCGUGCCGCUGUGCUGCACUCUGUGCCACGAGCGGCUGGAGGACACUCACUUCGUCCAGUGCCCGUCGGUGCCGUCGCACAAGUUCUGCUUCCCCUGCUCCCGGGACAGCAUCAAGCAGCAGGGCGCCACCGGCGAGGUGUACUGUCCCAGCGGCGAGCGGUGCCCGCUGGUGGGCUCCAACGUGCCCUGGGCCUUCAUGCAGGGGGAAAUAGCCACCAUCUUGGCCGGGGACAUAAAGGUAAAAAAGGAGCGGGACCCUUAAAGUGUUUCUACGGCAACAACAGCAGGACAUAAAGGACGUGUACAUAUCGGACACGAGGGACGUGGACACUUCGUAAAAACAUGGCUGUAUAAUUUUUCUUUUUGAUUUUUCUUUUUCAAUACAUUGUGUUUCUAUGAUUUAAAGAAGGUAUGUAUCCUCAUAACGGACUCCUCGCCGUCUCGCAGUCUGCCGCUGUACUUUAGGUCGGAGACGUCAAACAUAGAAUGUGACUAAUCUGAGCACUUGGCAAAAAAACAAUAAAAAAAAACCCAACAGAGUAAGAAAUGCUUCUAGCUGUACAUGUAUGCACUUGUUUAAAGAAAAGCUGCCAAAUACAGUUUGAGACGUUGUAAUAAUC